AUGGAGCGCCCUGAGAGAGCCAGAUGUUGUGAACAAAGGUCUAAAAUUAAUCUGUCCAGUGAUCAUUCAAGGGGAAUAUGUGCCUCGUGGGAACAUGAGAUGGGAGAACCUGAUCUAUCUUUGAACAAGAAAGUUCAACAGCAACUCCUGGCUCCUGAUUCUGGGCUCCCAAACUUUUUUUGUUUGUUUGUUUUUUUGCCUCCCAGAAGCUGCCCAGGAAAGAGCCUUGCUUCAGCAGUCAGCUCUCUCCCUCCCUCUGAUUCGUCUGGCUCCUUGAAAGCUGGGAUCCGUAUUUUUUUAUUUCUCAUCAGGAGCAUGGACUCCAGCAGCAAUCACCUGGUGCCCAAGCUGCAUUUCUGCAAAAAGCUCUUUGCUGCAGCCUUAUGUGUCUCAAUCUUACUCCCAGAAUCGGGCUUUGCAAAGAAUCUCUGGAAACGUGCUCUCCAUCUGAAACUGGCAGAGAAGUAUGAUGAUUAUGAGUACCCUCUUCAUUCUCACAGCGCCCACUACCAGAAGAAUGACCGCUGCCCCCCACCCCCGCAGACUUUACCAGAGCGAGCAUGUGAGGUGCCCAGCUGCCGUUCAGAUUCCGAAUGUGAAAGACACAAGCGUUGUUGUUACAAUGGGUGCAUCUAUGCCUGCUUAGAAUCAGUACAGCCACCUCCAGUUUUAGACUGGUUGGUGCAGCCGAAACCACGUUGGCUUGGAGGAAACGGUUGGUUGUUAGACGGACCAGAGGAAGUUUUACAAGCGGAGGCCUGCAGCACCACUGAGGAUGGGGAUGAGCCACUGCAUUGCCCUACAGGAUAUGAAUGCCACAUCAUCAAUCCUGGCAACACAGCCGAAGGAAUCCCUAACAGGGGUCAGUGCAUCAAGCUACGUGGAAAUCCCGAUGGACGCAAUCUAAGGCAUAAAUAUUACAAGGAGUAUUUUGGGAGUAAUUCCAAUAACGUACUUGGCUACGUGAAACAACAGCAGAAGCACUUAGGUUAA